CCGGCCCCGGCGCCCGUGCCCGCAGCGAGCGCGGCAGCCCCGCCCAGGCCAGCCCCGGGGCGGGCGCGGUUCCCAUGGGGAUCGCGGGCCGUGCCCGCCGCGAGCCCAGCCGGGCGAGAGAGCCGGCGAGGAGGGAGCGCGGCGCGGCCGCCGCGGAGCCGUCCUUGGGGGAAAUAAAGCCCAGAAAACCAAAACCCUGGUGAUUUGGGGCCUCAGUGCAGUCCGCGCGUGCCGUAGUCCACGGGCGACCUUUCCAAACUAUGCGGAGAUCCGUGUCCACGUGUCCCUCUCUGUGAUGGAGAAGUACGAGAAGAUCGGGAAGAUCGGCGAAGGAUCCUAUGGCGUCGUUUUCAAAUGCAGAAACAGGGACACGGGCCAGAUCGUGGCCAUCAAGAGGUUUCUGGAAUCCGAAGAUGACCCUGUCAUAAAGAAAAUCGCCCUUCGGGAAAUCCGCAUGCUCAAGCAACUCAAGCAUCCCAACCUCGUCAACCUCCUGGAAGUGUUCAGGAGGAAGCGGAGGCUUCACUUGGUGUUCGAGUACUGCGACCACACGGUGCUCCACGAGCUGGACCGACACCAGCGGGGGGUACCAGAACAUCUCGUGAAGAGCAUAACUUGGCAGACACUGCAGGCCGUGAACUUCUGCCACACCCACAACUGCAUACAUAGAGAUGUGAAACCAGAAAAUAUCCUCAUCACAAAACAUUCCGUGAUUAAGCUUUGUGACUUUGGAUUUGCUCGCUUAUUGAGUUUGAUUCCAGGCUCCCAACCGUGCUUUCUGUGUUCCAUGUCCCGUCCCUGGUCAGCCGGCCCCAGUGACUACUACACAGACUAUGUGGCUACCAGGUGGUACCGCUCCCCCGAGCUGCUGGUGGGAGACACGCAGUAUGGGCCCCCAGUCGAUGUUUGGGCGAUUGGCUGUGUGUUUGCGGAACUGAUGUCAGGGGUGCCUCUGUGGCCUGGAAAAUCAGAUGUGGAUCAGCUCUACCUGAUUAGGAAAACCCUGGGGGAUCUCAUUCCCAGGCACCAGCAAGUCUUCAGCACCAAUCAGUACUUCAGUGGGGUGCAAAUUCCCAACCCUGAAGCGCUGGAACCCCUUGAAUUAAGAUUUCCAAACAUAUCUCAUCCUGCCCUGGGACUCUUAAAGGGCUGCCUGCACAUGGACCCUGCUCAGAGGCUGACCUGUGAACAGCUGUUGCAGCACCCCUACUUUGACAGCAUCCGAGAAACAAGAGAGCUGGCCAAAGACCACGACAAACCAACAAGGAAAAACUUAAGACAAAGCCGAAAGCACCUGCCUGGGCUGCAGUACUUACCCCAGCUCACGAGCAGCAGCAUCCUUCCGGCUCUGGAUAAGAAGAAGUACUACUGUAAUACGAAGAAACUGGACUACCGCUUCCCAAACAUUUAAGGAGCUAGGGGAUUGAUGCCAUCGGAAUGGAUCAGUUAUUUGAAAAGAAAUGUUACACAUUUGAUUGAAAACAAUUACAAUGUUGGGAACACACCAGGAGAAAACACAAGCCAGUAACUGGGAGGCCUCUUGGCAAGGGAUGAAGGGAGAUUCCAGACCCAAUCUUCCAUGCCUGACUGUGGUGUCCAGAAGGGAAAGACUUGUUUGGAAUUGUACUUUUGUCUUUGUUUAUCUAAGCAGUCAAGUUUAUGGAUGGAGUAUAAACUGUAUCUACCGCCUAUACUACUGGCAAAAUUAGAUGAUGUCAAAUAUUUCUGUUUCAGUUAGACCACAUGCCCCAGGGGAAAAAUGGGUUACAGAAUGCCCAUAUGUGUGUCUGCAGCGCUCUGGUGCCUUGAGUCUGAUUGCACCCCCUUUCAAAUUGUCUCAACAUCAUAUUUAGGGAUAGUUUUAGUUCCUAAAAUCAAAAUGUUUAAAAUUCCAUUUCCUGUUUGUUCUCUCUCUUGAUUUUGAUAUUUUAAAACAAUCUUUGAGGAUAUUUAAGUUCAAAGUAUUUAAAAUCACAUGGAUUAUCAUAAAGACUUCAUAGUUCAUUGCUGAAAGUUUUAAAGCUAUGCUGAUGCGCUGCUACCAGACUUUUGCCUUUCCCUUCAGUGAAGACUGUCUCUUGGUCAGUCUGCAGACGGAUGGACUUACUGGAAUCCAUAUGUUCUUGCUGACCCGUUUCUCUUCGCAAACAAUGCAUGAAGCUUGGCAGCUGCCCAAGGUGGUCAAAGAGUAGAACAAGUCCUACAGGCUUUGCAGGAACUGAACCUGUCAGCCUGAAAAUUAAUACCACUUCAUUUUCUCCAGCUCAGCCUCACCCUUGUAGAUAGAUCUACAGGGAGAACUGUAUAUACUGAUCAGGGUUUUCGAAGGACCUGCUUCUGAGCUUUUAACUUGAGUCAUGAAAGUUGUUAGCUUGUAAAUUGGUGUUUUCCCUGAAACAUCUUUUUACAUUUUUAUGUGCACACACACAUGUACACACACAUGUGUAUGUAUAUCUUACCUAACAAGUAAUAUAUUACAAAUAAGAAGUUAGUUUAAAAGGAGGAUUCCUAGCCUUGUACCGUAAGACUGAAGUUGAUGACAUGUAAGUAGCUUUGAUUUGGCCAACUGCUCCUAACCCAUAAGCUUUUUCAUCCUUGUUCCAUGGACACAGGGCAACAUGCAGCUCCAUGUCUGGUUCUUACAGCUCAGUACUGUUUCUUCUGUGUAUGCUGCCACUGUUUCCUUGUAGUUCCCAGCCAUGGUUUCAAAGCUGUAUUUUAUUGUACCUUCAGAACAUUUCUUCUGCACCCUAAUUUUCUUUCUGUGCUCAUUUUCUUCAUGACAGCACCUGACCUAUUCACUCAUUGCUGAGCAAUCCACUACGUACUGGCAUCUGUCCAAUAAUUUUGGUUACCCAACCAGUUUAAUGACAUCCUAAGGCUUCCUAAUUCCUGUAGCUUCUUGCAUAGACCUAGGAGUGGGUUAAGGAAUAGUCCCUGUGUUAUUCAGUUCCGGCUAUGCCACCUUGAUUCCAAUGACAGGGAAGAACACCCAGACUCUACAAAGAGUUAACAUUUUUGUCUUUUUUUUUUUUUUUUUUUGACAGAGGCAGAUGACUAUAACUGCCCAGUUCACCCAGUGGUUUCACAGAAAAUCAUUCAGAAUCGAAAUGCAGCUGUGCACAAAUCAUGGUGAAUCAGUUCUGUCAGCACAUGGCAGUGAACCCCUCGACAAAGAGAGCUGUUUUCUCUGGCGCGUCCAGUCAGCUCAUGCUCAGUUUAACCGUGUCUAUAAUCCUUUUCUUCAGCAUGGAAUCACACUGUAUCACAUGACACCAUUCUCCAUCCUUUCUAUUCUCUGUUCUCCAAUGGAUUUCACUGAUAGUGGCAAUUAUAUUAGUAAACAGUAUAUAUCAUUUAUGCUAUGUAUUAUUUACAUAAGUUGGUUUCCAAAACAACUAAAAUUCAUCUUUCUGCUUGAAAAUUGCAUUAUGGUGUUUAUUAUGAAAUUAUUUUUUAAGAGAAAAGCUUAGCCUGCUGGUCUUUAACAGUAUUUCCUCUGUUCUGUUGCCAUCAGCAGCACUAUAUGAAUUAAGACAAGUAUCUCUGUCCAAUUUUCAUAAAAAAAACUAACCUAAGCUUACAA